CAAGUAAAGGCAAAGAAAGACAGGGGUUCAUUAUAUUCUAGAUCCUUGAAAUGGCAAACUUUACUUGAAUUAAUCAGCAUCUGUGACUUGAAUGGGGGAACAUUGAUUAUGAGGACGUUAAUUCCGCACGAAUGAAUAAAACUGUAACGUUAUCCGGUGGGAUAUCAGGCUCCACUGUGUAAAACCAUCCACGCAGCGCCGGUCUGUGCACAGGCUGCACAUCACAUCACUCUGAACCCCGAAGAGGAGCGCAGAGCAGCAGGUCUCCGACAUGGCUACAGAAGGAGCAGAUAUGACAGAGGAAACCGAGUACAUGAUAGACAAAAAUGUGGGGAAAGAAGCAGAAAAGGUGGAAUCGUCCGGCGACGCCAAAGAAAUGCGUGCGGUGAUCCUGGCAGGUUUUGGAGGUCUCAACAAACUCAGGGUAACCAAGAAGACAAUGCCCGAGCUUCAGGAUGGUGAAGUGAAGAUCCGUGUGAAAGCUUGUGGCUUGAAUUUUCUGGAUCUGAUGGUACGUCAGGGGACAAUUGAUAAUCCUCCCAAACCUCCUGUUGUCCCUGGGUUUGAAUGCUGUGGAAUAGUAGAGUCAGUGAGUGAAAACACAACAGGAUUUGAGAUAGGCGACCGAGUUAUGGCUUUUGUAAAUUACAAUGCCUGGGCAGAAGUUGUUUGCACACCAGUGGAUUUUGUCUACAAGAUGCCAGAUGAAAUGACUUAUGCAGAGGCUGCUGCAUUCUCCCUGAAUUUUGUGGCCGCCUAUAUGAUGCUCUUUGAGGUUGCCAAUCUGCGAGAGGGGAUGUCAGUGUUGGUUCACUCAGCAGGAGGUGGUGUAGGUCAAGCUGUGGCUCAGUUGUGUUCCACUGUACCUAAUGUCACUGUGUUUGGGACCGCAUCAUGUUUCAAACACGCAGCCAUCAGAGAGUCAGUGACUCACCUCUUCGACAGAAACACUGAUUAUAUGCAAGAAGUCAAAAAGAUUUCUCCAGAGGGAGUAGACAUCGUGUUGGACUGCCUGUGUGGGGAAAACACAGGGAAAGGCCUGACUCUGCUGAAGCCUUUGGGAACUUACAUCCUCUAUGGCGCGUCAAACAUGGUAACUGGGGAAACAAAGAGUUUCUUCAGCUUUGCAAAAUCUUGGUGGCAGGUGGAGAAGGUGAACCCUAUUAAACUCUACGAGGAGAACAAAGUUAUAGCAGGAUUUUCGCUGCUCAACCUCCUCUUCAAGCAUGGGAAAUGUAGUCUUGUGAGAUCAGUGAUGGACAAACUCUUGUGUCUCUAUGACCAAAAGAAGAUCAAGCCGGUAGUGGAUUCUCUAUGGGCGCUGGAGGAGGUGAAAGAGGCCAUGCAAAGAAUUCAUGACAGAGGCAACAUAGGAAAACUCAUUCUGGAUGUUGAGAAGACACCCACCCCUCUGAUGGCCAAUGACAGCACAGAGACCAGUGAAGCAGGAGAGGAGGAAGAGGAGGCCGAAGAAGACAACGACAGCAAGGAAAGAAUGCCUUUCAUCCAUUAAACCCAACAAACCCUACUACAACACACCUAGAGACUGGAGACAUUCACCAUAGAGAAACACAAGUGUUGUGCAGUAUGUGCGUAUGUAUGGGGGGUGGGCCAUAUCAAUAUACAUGCACUCCAGUACCUCAAACGUGUACCUGCUUGCCUAACUUCCACUCUACCUAACCUAGUUUGCCUAGUUAGGUGUAGAAUCAGGUGUGGUGUGGAGUGAAGUUACAAUGGUCAGGUGUGCUGCACUAUCAAGCAACGCCUGACACUACACCUAACACUUAGAAAAAGUUCUAGUUACAUGUAGUGGCGCUGUCACAUCUAGUCUGGCAUAUUGGGCUGAGUGAAGCCUAUUCUGGUAUGUGCAAAGUACUCUGUGGACACACCUGACGCGACACCUAACUCUAGUCUCCUUUGAAGGCUGUAUUUAUCCAGAGAGAAAAAAUUAGAUUGAGUUUUUGUUCUGCAGCUAGUGUGUCAUUUUUGCAAGUUUAUGUUGCUUUUAUUGUGCAAUAUGUAGGAGUAAUAUAGCUAAACUAUAAUGGACCACAUGGACCAUGAAGGAUCACUAUUUCAUGCUGCAGACUGGAGUUCAUUUCCUUGUGAGUGAAAUGGUACAUAAAAAAGGAUGAUAGUAGUUUAUUCUAAUGCUGCUGAUGUGCUGCAACAGAUUAAAGUUCAAAUAUAAAUAAUUUCUAUUAAACACUCUCCAACCAAAAUCAGUGUGUUUCAUUAAAUCACCUGAAUUCUCCGACAUUUUACGCAAUAAAAGCAAAAUACUUGCAAUAAUGUCACAUAAAUCUGUUUAGGUGGGUUGACUGGGAAUCCAAAUGCAGACACAGAUUCAGAUGUAAAAGAAAAAUACACAGCAGGUUUAUUUGACAGUUUCAAAAAAAUGUGCAAUGACGAAAUGCAAGCUGGUGAUCUCUGUGAGCAGGCAGGCGGAGUGAGCUGGGAAGGCAGCGGAAAAACAGAGAGAAUACUGAGUGGAGCAGGCUGACUGAAACUCCUCUGUCCAGGAUCAGGACCUGAGGCAAAAGUGAGAAAAACACAAGAGGGAAAAAAAAAACAAUUCUGUAGUACUGCAAGCUUGACACAAAGAAGGGGGAAACAGAAUAAAGACUAGGUACUUAGGGGAUGGCACAGCCAGAACCUGACAAGUUUGCAGAGUGAACAUUAUCAUCUUUCUGGAUUCUUCCUAGGAUUAGUGUAAGAUGUUCAGGGCUGGGGAGUAACGGAUUACAUGUAACAGUGUUACGUAAUCAGGAUACAAACCCGGCUCCGGUUCAGCAACAAGUAAAGCUAUCUGGAAACUCUGUGAAUCAAAGAGUUGAGGCAGAGCAGCCGGGGGACGUCAGAGAGAAAACUAGAAAAAAUAUUUACUCCAUAUUUCUAAUAUUUCUCCAUCAAAUAUGAUGUAGUUUCACCAAAAUCAGUGAAAAAAAGUUGUGUUUCUGUAAAGCAAUCAGUGGGGCCCAGUCCUAGAAACACUGCUUCAGCAGUAUAAUAGUGAGAAAUCUUUUCAUUGGACGCUAAAUUAAGUGCAGAAUGAGUCAUCAACAUUCACUCUUAAAUAUCAUCAAGAAUACCUACAAAACAAUGUUUUUUGUCAUUGAUGGCCCAGAUACUGCCAUAGUGGUGACAUAGUGCAAAGCAUAUCAUAUAAAAACAUUUAAACAUGGAUUUUGGGAACGGGAGAUUUUGUUUUCUCUAAAAGUACGCUAAGCAGACAACGUAUCAAGCUUCUCUUGUCUUCAUUUGUACUGGACUGCAUUUUUAAAGUAAUCCUCCCAACCCUGAAGGUGUUGCCUCAGGUGAGGCGACAUAGUGCUUUGCACCUACUAGCAUCAGCUUCACUCAGUCAAGUUCAAGUUUAUUUAUAAAGCACAUUUAAAAACAACACUAGUUGACCAAAGUGCUUUCCACAAUAGACAAUAAAUAUACAUGACAACAACAGUAGAAAAAGUAAAUAAAAAAAUAAAUGUAACUACUCAACUCUGUUUGAAGGCCGACGAAUAAAUAUAUGUCUUUAGCAAGGAUUUGAAAGUGUCAGGAGUCGGGGCAUUUUUUAUUUCAACAGGUAAAGUGUUCUAAAGAUUAGGAGCAAUCUUGCACUCAUACACCACACUAGAUGUGACAGUGCCACACGUGUCUUUACAUGUAACAAAAAAUGUUCUAAGUGUAAUGUGUAAUGUCAGAAGUUGCUGGAUAGUGCACUUCACCUGACCAUUGUGGCUUUACUCAACACCGCACCUGCUUCUACACGUGACUAAGUUCAUUUUGGCAUGUCAGGUGUAGUGUUGGUGUGGCGUCUGUGUGUGUGCUUACGCCAUAAAGUGUAGCGUAGGUGUGGCACAGGCGAUCAUGGUAAUGUGUUAAAGUUACACCUAAAUGAAACACACAUCCCCUACGCCACAUGUAUAUGAUGCCUGUGUAAGCAUUGUAAGUGGAAAUUGGAAAAUAGAAAAUGUAGGUGUAAUGUCAAAGGUUUGUUAGAUUGCAGAGGUCUUGUCAGGCACUAGUGAGGCGUUUGAGAUACUGGACACAUGUAAAUUGGUAUUUUCCACCCCCUAUACAUAUGUAUGCAUGUGCUAUAUGCAUGAAUGUAUGUAUCUAUGUACAGAAUAUGUUUGUGCCUCUUGUCUGUUACCUAUUGUUUGUCAGUUGAUUAGUCAAGUAACUUUUUUGGGUAAAUGAAGACUCACAUGUUUAUCACCCAGACAACAAGUGCAAGUGCCAUUCUUAGAAUAGUAUUAAUAUAUUCUUUAAUGUAUUAUGAAGUGAUGUUAUGCUAGCCAAUGAUGUAAAUAGGUUUGUGUCCAUUUUACAGGCAAUUGCAUCUGCCAACAGUUUAUUGAAUCAGCCACAAAGUGAAAUUAGCAUUUAAACCUGCUGACUUGCUAUUAUCACUUUAAGAUUUGCACCCGUAAAAACAGAUUUAGUAAAGCACAUAAGUGUCAUACCAUGUCUGUCCUCAGUGAUGACAGCAAAAUGAGAGCAAACGAUUUACACAAGUUUUAGAAAAUGACCCAUAACGUUUUGAUGCCUCUGACGAAGGGAGUCUCAUGUUACAAUAGUAAUGCGUAAGCCAGUAGAGGUAGGCAAGUCUGUGUUUGCGUGAUAUUUUAUUCUUAGGUGCCAACCGUGUAGUAUUAUGGGAUCAACAGUGCCUUUGAGCUACAAACGAGUGUUUGAUACUCGAAAUGCUUUCCUCGUGUGAAGUUCGCAUUGGACAAACCAAGAAAAAAGGUAUUUUAACUGGAAUAUGAAAACAGAUGUGUAGACUAUUCAAGAUUCUUCUUUGCCUGAUCAUACAAUUUGUAGUAGGUUGAAUCUACGGUGCCACCAGAGCACUUUUUAUGUAGUGAGGUUUGGAUUGAGGAUAUGUUUUCCUUCUAAACUGUAUAUUCAGAACUUUUCUUAAGUGUUAGAUAUAUUGUCAGGUUGCAAAAAUUGGACCGUUUUGUAAACACUGGGGUAAAACAGAAUUUAUAUGUAAAUACAAGAGAACAUGAGAAAAAUCAGUUCUUAGGGAGGACGAUGAAGCGUUCAGUCAGCCUGCAGUCCAAGGUUUGAGGAGUCUCUGCUUUGCCUUGUCUGACCAAAGUUGUUUACUUGCUGGUGCCUCACAACAAAAGUGCCAACAUAAAUUAUUUUUACAAUGAGUUGUAUAAAGGCAGGGUGAUUUAGGUUUGAGCAACACUGUGUAUUAUUUUAUGUAAGUAUGACGCCCUCUGCUGAACUCCACAUGUGCGAGUUGUUGAUGAAAUGCAGGAGAAGAACAACUGACUCACCCACAACAAAUCUGAUCUGUUUUAUUUUUAUUUUAUCAAAGUAAAAACAAACUGCGUUGUAUUUCCUUCACACUAUUUCUCCGGCCUUGCUUGUUCACUGUGUUUUAUAUCGUCUAGCCAUCUGAAUUAUUUAUUACCUUAAUUGAAUUAUUAAAAUGAAACCACAGUAUACGUCAAAAACUGUUUUCUCACCUGAAAACAAUAAGAGAAGUCAAUGUUUCAUAAUAAUGCCAUUUUAAGAAGGAAAAAAAUGUAUCAACAGCAAAACUAACAGGAGUAAACACUGCAUGCCUUGAAGCUGAAUGAUAAACAGUGGAGAGACAGAGUUAAUGGCUUUACUAAAGUGAAUCGAUUUAGAGAUUGAUUUCCAUCCAUCCAUCUUCAACCGCUUGAUUUGUAGACUUGAAAAUAAGGACAGUGAUGUGUAGUGUCAGUUUAGAUGCCUUUAAUGUCACAUUUGUUGUGUUAGAGAGAGCAUGUUUUUCAGUGUGUUUUCAUAUUGUACAAAAAAAGAAAAACAAAGAAGUGUUUAGCAUUGUAGUGUGUUCACAAAAUUCCUUUUAAACUAUGGGUUACCUGUGGUGUACUUUCUUUGAGUACAGCUCUGUUUACUUGAAUAAUAAAUAUCUGCAAAGUA